ACCUCUUCUCAUCUCCCGUCUCCCGACGGCGUGCGGUGACUUUCGCGCAAUCGUGCCUUCGGCCAGGAGCUUCUUGUGAAUGUUGUCGUAUGCCAUCUAGGGAACGACCACUUGCGUCUUUGACUCUGAGCGACCACCGUACCGCGCCAUGUCCUCCCUGUCGUCCAAAGCCAGGGCUUCCGGACUUUCGCUCCUCCCGCAGGCACCCGGGUCACCUCCUGCACCAAGGUCAAAGUCGCCCACAAUGCCGUCUUCUUCGACACCGCCGUCUCCUACGUCGCGUCCCCCGGCACCCCGUGCGCACACGUUUGCUUCCAGCGCAAACAACUCACUCUCUGUGCCCUCCACACCAUAUCAUACACCGCACGUCUCGUCUGUAAAUGUCGUGAGUACCUCAAGGCGGCUUCUCAUGCCUACGGUACGCGCCGUGAGGCCUACCUCGCCCCGAGUCCCUAACUCCAAGCCAUCGCCAUCCAAACUUGGGCGGGGUCGAGCUGGAUCACUUCCCGUUAGCGUCGUCAACGAGCCGCAAGAGCGCACUGUGGUCGGCGCCUCGGAGUGGCUCCCAGGCGGAGAGAAGUUCGAGGUCGUGGAAGAGCAGCUCGAGCUGGAAGGAUUCCAGAUAUAUGCAGUGGAGAAGUGGGUUGUCGCACGUAAACGGCCCGUGCUUGUGCUGACGGUAUUCACCGGGGAUCCGAAACAUAAGAUCACGGUCACAGCUCUGAGUCCACAACCGUGCCUGUCAUCCACCGAGGCGCAGGCUGCAUGGGAUGAUGCGAUUCGGAGUCUUCGUAGAGAGGGCGCGAGGCCUAAGGAGACAGAGAAGGGCGUUCUGAUGGUCACGUCUCUGGCGAACUUCCGUUCUGACUUCAUAAUUGUGCACAUACCGUCGGGCAACUUCCUGGAUGUCCGAGAACAAUUGUAUUCAAAUGUGAAUUUGCUUCGCAUGGGCUGCGGCGGCCGUAGUGCCCUCACUUUGGAAGAGCCGAGCGAUGCCACCAAGGACCGCUUCGUCGCAAUGUACCAUGUUGCCGACAAAGCUCCUGCCCGCUCUCGCGAACUAUUCAGCGCGACGGUUUUGGAACUGGUGAAGCUCAUCCAGGCAUCGCUAGCUAUCUUCGGGAUGUUCGACCUUGACCCUGAGGAGCGUAACGGCCUGUUAUGCGAUGUGACAUGUGAGGGGAUACAGCGUUGGGUCACCGAGAUCGGAGAACAAUAUCUAAAUAUUGAGCCGACGGAGCGGGUUGCGGAACCUACUGUCAUAGCAGCGUUGUUCAGUCUCAUCGUCAGCAUUCGUAGCAAGCUCUUCGCUCUAGGGGUGGUGGUUCCCAAGGAUCCCUUCCUAGACCCGAUCGCGUUUGUCAAAGCGUUGACCGCAUUUUACCACAAGAGUCAGCAAUCAUCAUCGCAUUCUCACCUCGUUCUCCCCACCACCCCCACCAUCGCUUCGAGUUCGAUCGGGAGCUCAAACUCCGGAUCGCCUGUUCCGCCAUUGCUAGGGCCGAGCGCUAGUCCGCCGAGCGUGGUGUUCCUCACGCAAAGUCUCAUCGAGACGAUAGAGGCCCACUACGAGAAAUCGCGCCAGAGCGAGUCGUACAAGGUGCACCGCGUGCUCAAGAACAAGCUGGACGACCUCGCGACGGACCUGCGCACCCAUGGGACCGAGAGCGGGGGGCCGACGACGGUGACGACGCUCAGCGUGACGACAGACCUGGCCGCAUUGGCACGUUGCGCGACGACCUCGAAAGACGCGCCGCAGAGCCUGCGGUACCUCUGGACAGGCCGUGCCGGGCACGCGGAGAAGAAGCGUCGCGAGAAGGAGGCGGUGUGGAGUGAUGGGGAACGCGAGCGGGAGGAGAAAGAGAGGGAGAGGGACGGCGAGAAGGAUGUCCUGAGCAAAGACGGCAGGGACAAAGACGAGAGGGACAGAGACAGUCAUAGAGAGGCUAGGUCUGGCGAUGAGUGGGACAGACCGUGGGGCGGCAGGAUGCAGAGGAAGAUUGAGAGCUGGGCAGGCUUGGGUAAAGGGAAGAAGUUGAGCGUCGACUUUGGCACGCUUGGCAAGGCCUUCCUGACGGAUGGUCCUCGAGGGCUGUCCGAGAAGUCCGGUCAAUCGUCCUUGGUCCCCUCUGUCGUCGUUUCAAGAGACCCUGCAGAUGAAGAAGAAUUCUUGAGUAGCGGUCAGCAGUCCCCCACCUCUGAUGUCCCCAACCCACUCAUGCUGGGUGUCGGCUCACUUCCCAGCGCUGAGCGUUCUGCUAGCGAUGUAUCGGAGUACGAUCGACGGGUCUCGGAGUUCAACCACAGACGACCACCCAUCAAGUCACAAUCGCGCAUCGUCAGUUGGUCAGACGCUCGCACCGCUCGCGGUCUACUCCAUGAUCAUAGUAGCAGCAGCGCCAAAGUCCGCCACCAUGUCGGUGCAAGCCCGCUUGGCAGGGCGGACUCGUCUCCUGGUGAGGACAACAACGCAGAUAUGGAUGAUCUCGACGACAUGGAGAAGGAGUUACGCCGACGACGAGUCCUAGCCGCUGGACCGUAUCGCAGACGGAGCUUCGACGACGCUCUCGACCUCGCCGACACCCGCAUCCUCCCAGUUGAGCGCAUGCGGAUCGACGUCGAGCUCUGCGGCCAGCUGCUGGUCAUGCGCCGCCGCGAGGCGCACCUCGCCAACGUCGUCGCGUGCCUCCAGGCCCUUGCGUCCAAGCUCGCGGCGCAGAACGCCAAACUGCACGCAGACCACGAGGGCGCGCGCGGCAAGCUCGCGGAGCUCGACGCUCGCGCCGGGGAGCUGCAGCGGCUGGAGGCGCUCCGCACCGAGGCGGAGGCCCUCACGCAGGAGACGAACGCGCUCGCGUAUGAGAGCGCGCAGUUCCUCGUCGAGGACCUUUGGCACAUGGCGGUCCAGCCCCGCCAGCGCGUCCUCGCUCUCCGGGAGAAGGUGUUCGGGACGGGGCGGAGGCUACCCCAGGGAGUUCGUGGGGCGCAUGGGCCAUUCAAUCGCGUGCAGUGGAGGCUCGACGGGGAGCAGCGGCUGGUGGAUCGCCUGGGGAGGACAGAGAACGAGGCGGAGGAGGAAGAGGAGUUCCCUGUCCUACCCGGUAUGGACAUGGAAUCGGAAGAGGAGGGGGAUGCGGUCGAGCACCCGAGCCUGAAGCCGACUUGGCUACUCCGGUUCUUCAACUAUUGGGGCGGACGGCUGGGUCUCAGCCGGACGCAGGAGCCACCGGUUGUGCAAAGCGGGACGAAGGAGAACGGUCAGGAGCAGGGCGGCGAGCAGAGCCAGUCGCAGGAGAACGGGAACGGUAUUAAGCAGGAGAGCGGGGAAAGUAGUGCGCUUGCACAACCUGCCUUGGUACAACGGACGCCGACCUCUCCUCUCUAACGGGUUUCUCUGGUCCAUGCUUGCUAUUCGGGUAAUGUUCUGUCUCAGCUGAUUUACGCUAUCGACGGCCACCUAGUUAUCUCAAUGGAUCCUGUACAUGUACGCGCAUUUAAGUUAUCCUACCUAUGAAGUUGCACUACACUAGAUAUAGAGCGGGUGAUAGUCUGUAGCGGCGUUGGUGGCAGCGAGGCAAGGUGGGCCCAGCGCAACCAAGAUCAGCAGAAGUACGCUUCGAGCGCACCAAUCCCACAGCGCAUAGGCACGCGUGGUGGCGAGCACUACCGCGCCUUGAGCUUGCCCUGCGAUUUGCGCAGCAGCCGCUUCUUCUCGCGGUCGAGCACCUUCUGCUGCUCCGCCGCGCUCAGCUUCGACACGCGCUCGUCCCGCGCCCGCUUCCGCGCCGCGGCCUUCUCCUCCUCCGCCUCCUCCUUCUUCUCGCGCUGCGCCUCGUCGCGGAUCUCCUUCUCGACCUCCUCGCGCGCCUUGCGCAGCUUCGUGCGCGUCUCGGGGCGCAGCGCCGCGUUCAGCCCGCCGCGCACCCCGGGGAGCUUGCCCUCCCCGGCGAUGAUGUCGACGAGCUGGAAGGCCGCGGUCACUAGCGGGAGCGUCGCGGCGGCGUCGGCGUUCGGGGGCACGGCCAGGGAGAGGAUGAGGCGCUUCGAACGCUCGGAGGGGUCGAGGGGGACGGGCGGACGGGCGCGCGGCUGGUCGGUAAGCGAGAGGGACCGGAAGUAGGGCAGCGUCGCGGGGUUGGAAAGCACCUGCGCGAGCUGGAACUGGCCGUAGGGCUUCAGCAGGUUGGUGGUGAUGUCGGCGAACUCAGACAUGACGACCAGAGACGGGGGGAGCGCGCUGUGCUCGGUGGUCUUGGUGAACGUCAGAUCCCAGCGGUCGUUCCUGAGCUGCUUCAUCUCGUCCUUCGCGACUAUCGCCCAUACAGCCUCCGGCACCACUCCCUCCUUGCCCACAGGCUCGCGGAAAGUGAACUCGAGCUCGACCUUGUCGUAGACGUUGUAGUCUAGCUCGACGAUCCCGCGGCCGAACUGGUAGAUUAUCUGGAGGAGGUCGUGACGCGGACGGAGCGUGAACGUGGUGUGCAACGAAGUCAGGGCGCGUCGACCUGUAGAAAACGCGAAGAAGUCGCUGUUCCCAUCUGCGACGAGACCCUCCGCAUUAGCAGGCCGGGAGAACUGUGUCUUGUAGAGUGGUAAGUGAGUCUCAAACCACUUGUUCGCACGGCCCUUAUUGGCCGUCUUGCCAACGUAGUAGAAUAGCAGGUAAAAGAGGAAUGCCCCGAGGAAAUACAGCUCGUUUUUGAAGUAGGCUGGUCGGAAGGUGAGGAAUUUCCACUUGUACUCUAGCCCAUCAUAGUCCGGCGUGACAACGGGCAUCUGAGGCGUCAGAAAUUUUGCGACGUUGAGGGCCGCCAUGGUGAGGAAGAGCGACCGACAGUGAAGC